AUGUAUCUGCUACUGCUUGCAAAUACAGGACUUGUUGUAUUUACAUUUGUAAUUGUACAGAACUUAAACGACUUAUUUUUGCGAAGGAGCCGCUCUUCGAGAGGCGUGGAGACAAAGCUCAAAGUUCAGUGGAUUAUUUUGCUCACAGCCAUGAUUUUCCACAUUGCAUUUCUUAUGCCAGGCGUAGCCACAAACAUCGACAAACUCCUAAGUAUAGAUUUAAUACUGCUGAUGAUAGUUGGAAUAUUUAUAUUACAGGUAAGUGAAAGUAUUAAUUUUAGAUUGCCAAGCUUGUUAUCAUAUACUCAAUACAUCCAGAUCUAUUUGGAUCGCAGCACAGAAGAAAUAUCCAGGAACACAUCGACAAAACAGAAAGAAUGUCCGAAUAUGCAUUCUAACACAGCUAUAGGUAAUAAAGAGUGCACGCAAACAACCACAGCGAUGUAUGUAAAACUAAUUGCAUACAUAAUAAGUAGUAAAAACGGUAUACAAGAGUUUAUUGUGCAAAUUAAACAAGGGCAUAGUCAGGCCUGUAUCUUGUCAUCGAUUCUACUUUUCAUUUUGGAUAGGAUGCUACGAUACCUUGUGUUGUCACACACCACACCGCUUAUCGAGUUCAUUCCCAUCUCUCGCACAAGAUACCUGAUCUUUUUGCCGAUGUUCAUCCUGUACCUUUCCUCUUUGAUGCCAAAGUCUUCUAAGACAGGUCUUGAAGGUGAUGAAUGUGUACCUGACUUUAGAAAGUUGGCGGUCAUCAGAACAAAAAUAAAUCAUUUAUUUAUACUUUGUGUUUCAGGUGUAUAG